AUGCCAACCAGCAAUCGAUAUCCUCCAGGAAUCAAUCCUUACGCUUCAACUUCAUCUAAAACAACGUCAAAUCAGAAAGCCCAAAGACCAAGCUUGACUUCAAGACCGCAUGUCCAAGCUUCGAAAGCAUUGCUAGAUGAUGUCGAAAUAGAAGAAUUUCAUCCGCCGGAAUGGAGGACUGUGUUGAGCUCAAGAGUCGAUCUAGGGUAUCCGGACUUUUAUCCUUCGAGGCCUGGUUUCGAUCAGCCUGAAGAUGUGUUAACGGAGGAGAACGUCAAGAAUGGGUUCACAGGAAAGAACUUCAUUGCCGUUGGAGCAGAGGUUUUCUCCAUGCAUGGCCCAAUACAUAAUCACCUAACUUCAGGCGGGUUAAACCUGCUUCAGCAAUUGGGGAAAGACUUGAUACAGAAAAGACAGGAUAUGAUGCCUAAAGUCGGAGAACGAGCCUUUCGUAUCCCCGUUCGAGUAACGUACAAUGAUACUAAAAGAAUUCAAUUUCUUACCGAUUUAGCCAAUCCCAAUGUGCCUCUACACAAACUAAUGCGAACACCUGUACCACACGGUUUCAAGGGGCUUGAGUUACUCGAUUCAAUGUUUUCACCUUCUAUCGUACCUUCCUCAGGCCACAAUCGCACUCCUAGUGGAAGUGCUAAAGUAUCAUCGGAUCCUAUACCCAUCGAUAGAGCAUUAUGGUUCAUAAGAGUCUUAGGUUCAAACGAAAUUUCAGCUCAUAGAGGUAGAACUCAACCUCAAUCGUCAAGUAUAUCCACUCCAGUCCCUGUACAAGCACCUUCUCCUGCACAGGCAGCCACUCCUUCCUCAACAACAACAAUAGUCGCUAACCCGACUUUACCUGUUUCAAGUAAUGAUUGGUAUACUCAAGAAUUCACGAAUACGUUCAUUUCUUGGAUCAGAAUACAGCUUAGUCAAUUAACCCUGCCAAAUAGCAGCAAGACGAACGUCAAACCUGGGGUCCCAUCGCUAAAAGCUCCAACGGGAGUGCUGAGUGAUGAGAAAAUGAGGGUAAGAUGGUUGGCUAAGUGGGAUUAUAGCACGCGAUUGAUGCGGGAGCUGCAUCAACGGCAACUUCUCUCUACUCGUUCACUCAGCGGAUGGAUGGCAGAUUUUCUAGGCCAUGCGAACCUUGCUCAGUUAGGAUUCGUCUCUCAAUUGAUAGGAGAGUACCUAGGCGAUAUGCUCAAGCAUAUUUGUAACGCUCGACAUUGUAUCAAAGCGGCUUGUGACAAGGUCAAUGAAAUUCGAAUUUCUCCUGCUGCUCCGUCGUUAAGCAAAGUUGAAGCUAUGCUCGUGUCGAUCAUACAGUCAUUGUCCAAGGCCAAUCCAGAAGUUCUAUUCAGUCCGAUCACAUGGAAACUGCAUUCAAGCCUAUUGUUGACUAUCCUUCCAAGUACAAGUAAGGGGCUGACAGGAAUUACGGAUCGAAACGAGGCGAUGUGGUUCAAGAUGACUGUCGAUGAGAGGUCUUCCAGUCCUAGGCGGCAGCAGAUGGCGGAUAUUCAGAAACUCGAUUCUAUCUGUGAAGAUACAAACAUGCUCGAACUCACCCGAUCCUUCUUUGACGGUAACUCUUCCGCUACUUCGGCUUCGCCUGACAUGACUCGACUGGAAGAUAAAAUUUUCAUUCUCCUCAAUUGGGCGAUGGGAUUGUUCCAGCUUGGCAGUCAUCGACCUUAUGCUGUCUAUACCAUACUCAAGCACUGGCACGAACAACAGGAAGAGCGUCAAGCUAAGCAGUCCAACCCCAAUGUCGUAGAUCUCUUUCCUCUGUUGUACAAAUGGCUUGACACGUCUGCUGCGGCACGUAAGGAGGAAAACGUUCAGGCUAUCGGUAUUACCAUUGGAGAAAUCACUCGACAAGGGAUGUUUUCCUAUGGAAGGUAUCUUGAAACCCUUAUAGCUAAAGGUCAGACCGCCCGAGGCUGUGCACAUGGUCAAUCAUCAUCUCAUCAUCUUCCCCUGCUGAGAGCGAUGCCAAUUUUCGUGGUGGCCAAAGACCUCGUACAUCAAAGGAGGAUAGCACUUUGCGGAGAUGACACUGAAUUGAAGAUGAGAGAUGAAGCGGAGGAAACCAUGUUGAUGGAUCAAUUUAGAGAGGAAGUGAUCGAAUAUAUUCCCGAAUUAUUUGGAUAUACUAGGUUUUGGCUAGCUCCUGGAGCGGGAGCGUUCCUUACAGGCGACAAUGAAAGAUCUGCGAUGAACGCCUCAACGUUUUCAAGGGUAUUGCAAGUUUUCAGGACGUGUCGAGGAUACGCGACUAUAGCGGAUUUCAUCAUUCGUGCAUUGCACGAUUCUGACGAUCAAGAAAUUUUAGAUGUCAUUAUUGAUACUGUCAGAAGAGAUGCGGAUGUUUGGACUGCAAUGGAUGGAUGGUCAAGGCUAGGCGAUAAAUUACUGGACAGGUAUCACGCCUUACAAACUCGUGGUAGAGAACAUCCUAGAACUUUGGAGCUAUUAGAUUAUCUUGUGAUGAAAGGUAGAUUGAAUGAGGAUGAGGUUGAUGAAGUGACACACAUACAUUCAGAGAUGUUCAGACCGCCGUUGGCAAAUAUACCUGGCAAGUUAGACUUCCAUGAAUCAUUGCCUUCUUUCCAACAAGUAUUAUCCGGAGCAAAGGAAGAAGCCGCGAUCAACCUAGCAUCAAAACUUUUCGUCAGACACGGGACUUUGGUCAAUUGGUCGUCAGCAUGGUGGACAAGUAUCAUAGGGGUUUUACAACAUCCAUCGGCUCAUGUAUCACACGAAUCAAUCGUACGCACAAUAAAUUCUCAUAUCAUAGCUGUGAAACGAGAAUCGAAAGAUAGUUUGGAACCGGUCAUCAUCUCGUGGCUCGAGAGUUCUUCGCCUGCUGCCUUGAUCGAAACAUUCGGGAAACGUUCAGGUGUAAUAAUAAUCCAUUUCCUCCUCGGCUUGAUUGUCAACAGGUGCUUGUCUACUCUCACAGUACUCGAACGACUUGUUUAUCCAAUCUGGAAGCAUGUGUCAGGGAGUGCUUUGGCCCAUCGCAAACGGUUAUCCAGCAAACAAACACAGGCGGUCACGAAUAUUAUCAAUAUCUCUUCUCAGCUACUUGUCUCGCCUCCAUUAGUUGAUUCGCUCCCACCUACGAAUUCAAUCGACUCACUCGUUGUUUUGGCAUACCGCCAGGCCGUCUUUUGCGGUACAAGCGUUCAGAAUUUUAUCCGACAUUUACCGCUCCUUGUGGUACUAGGAAAGAGCAAUCUAUUGCCGGACUCAACCACUUCUACAAUUUCAUCCAUGUUACGGUGUCUGGCAAUGACAGCCGAAUUCAAGACUGCGGCAUUUAGAAAUCUCAACGUGCUGAAAGAUGCGUUCUUGUCAACAGAGUGGAGUAAGCCAUCCUCGGCCUAUGGCUUAGAGGCUGGAAUGGAGGAUACAUUAAAGUUAAUCAUGUCGGAAAAGCCUCCAAAUGCAUCUACGCCUGCAUCCAAAUCUCGGCUCUCGACUUUCGACAACACCGCUAGACUGAGUGCUUGGAAGUGGACAAGAAUCGUCCUCGAAAUGCGCUCCGAUUUCAAGGGCCUUGCGCUCCGUAUUGCCAAUGGUGAAGAUAUUGCCGAUGCAAGAUACAUCCUAAAUCGACAAGUACAUGCGACUCUUGAUCGAGCUGCAACUGCAGAUGACACUGAUCUUCUUUGUGAAGCGUUCCGAGGCAUGGAUAGUGUCGUGACGCAAGAAGUCCUACGUAUACUUGAUAGUACAUAUAAUCAUUCAACACAAUCACAAUCGGACAACUCGGUCCUCGCUUCAAGGCAUAAACUUCUGGAUCUCUUGGCAGUAGCACUUCAAUCAAUCGACCGCCAAAUGUCGGACAGUGAUUUGGUCUUACAUCAGGAUCUAUCCCCGCCUCGACCUGGUAUCUUAAUGCAGGUAGUUACAAUCUUGCUGAAAUUCACACUGGGAAUAAUGACGACGGAGUCAACAUCGCCGACUAUGCCAAAGCCCAAUUUCCCUAAUUUAGCAGUUUCAUAUUUCAAGGUGAUGCUUUCAUGUCACAACGCCCUGUCACCUGAAUUAGCUCAGGCCAUGUCGGACAUGCUAGCAUAUAUAAUUGACUCAUGUCAGACUGCACUACUCGGUGAAAUCACUUCUACAUCCGUCCAAGCUAUUGUGACUUCUUCUUCUCACCUCGCUCGCGCUCUUCCACAUUUAAGCCCUGUUCGACGCAAUAUCGGUCUACUCGGACCAGACGUUACCGAAGAAUCGCUCGAUUCCGCACUGCCAUUAGACGAUCGGAAAUGGGAGUUGUUCGAACAGAUGAAUCCACCGCCUCGUCCACCUCAACAUCAAGAUUUAUACCUCACUAGUACACCCAUCAAAGAUACAUCAUCUAUAUCCAUGUCAUUAUUCAAUCCUAAGAUCACUCGUGAUGUCAUCCCUGGAAUUGCUGAUUCGUGGACAGAACAGAUAGAAGAAGAGCCCUCGUUGCCAUGGGAAGAUUAUGCAUCCGAGCGUGAUUUGGGUGAUGGUUUUAAAGAACCCAAUUAUGUCAAACAAAUAUCAACUCAAUUGUAUAACGGUACAGAUGAACAUGAUUUGAAUGAACACGAAACUGGAAAUGUCGAUGAGAAUGAAGAUUCAUCAGAUGAUGAAAGUGGUAUACCUCUGUCGAAGAAUCAGAGCAGAAGAAUGUCAACUAGAUCGCAAAAAAGUAUUAGCAUGGGCAAUGGAAUAAGUUUCGGAUCAAACAAUAAUCCAAUUUCGAUUGAUGAAGAUUCAGAUGAUAAUCCUGAACCUGUUGAUAAUCCACCUCCAGCAUCGAAAAGACCUAGAACAGCUUCUAAAUCAACCGCCUCUGCUUCAGCUUCGGUUUCCGCUUCGGUCUCAGGAAAACAGAGCACAACAGCAGGAAAAGCACCGGCAAGGAAAACAACAGGUGGGAAAGGUAUAAGCAGGAAAGCAACAGCAGGAAAAAGCGUUAGAGGUACUGCGGGAAAAGCUCCAAGGGGAAGAAGGAAAUCACAAGCGGAAUAG